ACGGCGCUGGCACGUCAGCAGGGCUACGCUGCGGUACGCAAGGCUUUGGAAGAAGCGGCCGGAGCUACUACAGGCAGUGUGAGCAAGUCGGGUGAGUUUGGUGUAUUUGCGACUACUUGCGUGGGCUUGUCUGACCAGGAGCCUGCCAUGCUGGUAGAUGAUGUGGUGUUUACGCGCCUGACUCCGGCUAAGGUGCAAAGCGUGGUCGAGCAACUUAAAGCUGGCAAGAGUGCAGCAGAAAUUGCCAAUCCGGCGCAACACCCAGCAAACACACAAGCCUAUGUAGAUGCCUUGGUACAUGGCGAGGUACAACAAGCAGAUGCAGUGUAUUUCGCACCGGAGGAAGAUUUGGCUGCACCAGUGGAAGUGCUGAAAGCCAUGCUGCAAAAAACACCGCAAGCAUUGUUGAAUGAGAUAAAGGAUGCAGGCAUACUGGGGCGUGGAGGGGCAGGCUUUCCUGCAGGCUAUAAAUGGCAACUGGUACGCGAUACUCCUGCUGCCCACAAAUACAUAAUAUGCAACGCCGAUGAGGGCGAACCCGGAACUUUUAAAGACCGGGUACUCAUGACGCGCAAACCCGAACUGGUAUUUUUGGGCAUGGUGUGCGCUGCUUGGGUCGUGGGUGCGCAGCUUGGCGUGUAUUACUUGCGCUAUGAAUAUCGCUACAUCCAAGCGUAUCUGGAAGCUGUAUUGCAACGCAUGCGCAGCAGCAACUGCUUAGGCAAAAGCAUAGUGGGUAAGGAAGGUUUCGACUUUGACAUCCGUAUACAACUGGGUGCAGGAGCCUAUGUGUGCGGUGACGAGUCGGCCUUGUUGGAGUCUAUGGAAGGUCGCCGCGGUAGCCCACGGGUAAAACCACCCUUACCUGCCGUCAAAGGUUAUUUGGGACACCCCACGGUAGUGAACAAUGUAGAGACCUACGCCGCUGCUGCCCGUGUAGUUGAAAAGGGUGUGCAGUGGUUCAAAAAUAUGGGUACAGAGCGAUCCAGUGGCACACGACUCAUCAGCGUGUCGGGCGACUGCGCACGCCCUGGUGUGUACGAGGUACAGUGGGGCAUUACCCUAAGGACUUUGCUGGAUCUGGUCGGUGCACAAGACGCUGUCGCUGUACAAGUCAGCGGGGCCUCGGGC